AUGUAUCGUUUUGGUUGGUGCUAUCAGAGUGGGAUUAGUGUAGAAAAGAGUAAAAAUAUGGCAGUUGAAUGGUAUUUAAAAUCAGCAAUUACUGAGCAUAAAUGUAAAGGUGGAUUUUCCAUAGUGUAUAAAACAUCAUACAAAAGACAAUAUGGAACACAUGAAGAAGUUGCAAUUAAGAUAAUAAAUAAG